AUGAAGACGAGUGACAAAACAAUUGCGAGUAUGCGUCCAGCAAAAAGCUUCUCAGACAACCAGGCGAGAAUAAACAGUCUCGACUUCAGUGCAGAUGGCUUGCAAAUGAUUUCAUCUUCGGACGAUGAUUCGAUUGUGAUGUACGAUUGCAGUACUGGUCAAAAGAGUCGAUCGGUAAAUAGUAAAAAAUACGGUGUCGAUUUAAUUCAGUUCGCACACAACACGUCAAAUGCGAUACACUGCUCCACUAAAGUUGAUGAUGUUAUUCGAUAUCUGUCACUUCACGACAACAAAUAUAUUCGGUAUUUUCCAGGACAUCAAAAGAAAGUUGUCACGCUAUGUAUGUCACCGCUAGAUGAUAUGUUUCUGUCGGGUUCACUUGACAAGACCAUUCGCCUUUGGGAUCUACGAAUGCAAAGCUGUCAGAAUAAGACCGGAAACAUUGGAACGACCCUUGGCUGUAUGCAAGCAUCUGAUAUAGCAUUGGGUUUUAUGAAUAAUGCGAAGGGUUUGAUGCAUGUUCCAUCACGACCAGUGGCUGCGUUUGACCCUGAAGGAUUGAUAUUUGCUGCUGGCAUCAACUCGGACACCAUAAAAUUAUACGAUCUCCGGUCAUUCGAUAAGGGUCCAUUUAUGACAUUCAAAGUGGAGAGUGAUUCAAAAGAGGGCGACUGGACAGGCCUGAAGUUUUCGCCUGAUGGCAAGAUGAUCAUGUUAACAACGAACGCUGCUUGUGUGACUCUUUUAGAUGCUUUCAAGGGAACACUGAUUCACACACUUCGAGGUCAUGAGAACAAUAAAGGAAUUGAAUUGGAUGCGACUUUUUCGGCCGAUGCGCAAUACGUAUUCAGUGGUUCAACGGAUAGUUCAAUCUGUGUUUGGUCUGCGGUGAGUGGGCAGCGUGUGGCACGUCUCGUGUCAGGCCAUUCUCCAUUAAUUCAAAAAGUCCUCUUCAAUCCACGUUUCUUCAUGUUGGCGACUGCUUGUACUAUGCUGUUUGCUUUAGUGGGAGUGACGUUGAGUUUCUUCGGUAAUUUUUUUGCAAAUAUUCAACGUUACAAAUAA